UUUAUUUAAACUUUUAUUUAACCAGGUGAAUCCCAUUGAGAUUAAAAAUCUCUUUUUCGAGGGUGACCUGGCCAAGACAGGCAGCAACAUAAGAAACACAUAGUUACAAACGAAAAAACACAGAACAAGACAACUUAAAAGAAACUAAAAGUUAAGAGACAAGUGACAUAACCAAGUUAAUUUAAGAAACAUUUACAUUUUUGGGAAGCUGCCUCCAUUUCUUUCAUUUUAUUUUUAAAAGCACUAAGUGGAAUCAGUUCUUUGAGUUUUAAAUUAUUCUGCAACAUAUUCCAUGAUGAGGGUGAAGAGUACACAAAAGCCUUUUUCCCCAUUUCCGUUCUGGUAUUUGGGACGGUGAGCAUCAGGAAGUCCUGAGAACGCAAAGAGUAUUGUCCGACACUUUUCUGCAUGAUGAAGACACACAGGUAGUUUGGGAGUAGACCAAGGAUUGCCUUAUAAAUGAAGGUAUACCAAUGACAGCGCCUACGGGUGGCCAAAGCAGGCCAUCCUACCCGAGAGGAUAACUCACAGUGAUCCUCACAGGUCAUCAGCAUAAAAGUGACAAUUAACGUCCACCACAUUUUGGUCCAGAUUAUUUAUAUGAACAGUAAAUAAAAGUGGACCUGAUACAGAGCCUUGUGGCACACCUUUACAGACUGUUACAAUAUCAGCGAAUAGACCCUCAUACCUGAUGCACUGAGACCUAUUCUCAAGGUGAACCAAGUGACCGCUUGCUCCGAGAGCCCUAAGCUGAGGAGCCUCAGCCUUAAAACAUCAUGGUCAACUGUGUCAAAUGCUUUUGACAGAUCAAUAAACAGUGAUGCACAAUGUUGCUUCUUGUCAAGAGCAACAAUAAUGUAAUUUAUCACUUUCAGUGCAGCUGUAUAGUGCUUUCUUUUUUCUUGAAGCCUGACUGAUAGGUUGAUAGAAUGGCAUUGGUGUAUAAGAACUCCUUAAGUGGUUUGCUCACAAGAGCUUCGAGGAUUUUAGCAAGUACAGCUAAAUUAGAUAUAGUUAUUUUAAAUCGCUGCACCUAAACCUUUAAACAGUGGGAGAACAAAGGCAGAUUUCCAUUUCAAUGGUAUUUCGUUAUUUUUUACUGUCAGAUUAAAGAUAUGCAAGUGGCUCUGCAACAAAAUCAGCAGCCAAUUUCAAAAAGUAAGGGUCUAUACAGUCGGGCCCUGAAGGUUUCCUAUAGGCUUGUUAGGGCUUUAUGAACUUCCUGCACAAGAAAUGGGUUGAAGUUAAAAGGCUGGAACACCAGUACAAGGUUUUACAGACCUUGGACAACAAGAGUCAAACAGAGAGCCAGAAGAUAUGAAGUGUUUGUUAAAACAAUUCAGUGUCUCCAUUUUGUCAUGAACAGCGACAGAAUCCUUCAUAAUAAAAGCAGGAACAGCUUGUGAGUUCUUGCUCACAGAGAGGGAUUAUAUAAUUUUCCAAAAUGUCCUCGGAUCAUAUCAUUUUUCCACAGUAACAGACGAAUAAUAUUCAGAUUUUGCUUUCUUGAUAAAAGAGGAACAUUUCUUUCUUAGUUGCCGAAACACUAGUCAGUCAGUGGCAGAACUUGUUGUUCUUGCCUUAGCCUAAGCCAGGUUUCGCUCAUGAAUACUGUCUUCUAGAUCAGAGAGAACAAAGCUACUAAACUGUUUCAUUGUUCAGUUUCUAACAUGCGUUCAUACAUUCUCCCACUAACAAUGUCUCAUAUCCCUUUUUGUUGUUAUGGUUAUAAUUUUGAUCAUAAGAAUAUGCAGACAAUAAUUCAUGAAACACCACACAAUUCAGUACUUUCCUUUUGUAAAGGAAGGUCCAGUGUUUCCUAUGCUAAAGCAUCUAGUAAAGGAAGCAUUGAAGCACCUUUUGAGUCACUCCUCCCAGGCCGAUAUAGUUCAAAGACAGGACAGAUCGGAUACGGAAAGAAGGAAAAGGCACAACAUCGAGAAAUUAGAAAGUUCCAAGGGAAUGUAAGGUAUGUAUUGCUAGAUCCAGUUGGUCUACUUGCUGCGCCAUCCACAUCACAGAACUCUGAGAACAUGGAGUCAAUGCUGCUGUUCUUCUAUUUUAAUUUAACUUUAAGUACUUAUUUUGACUUAAUUUGUUUUAUUUAUUGUUUGCUUACUUCUUACCUCUUGUAAGGUAGAUUUGAUAGCAAUAUGUAUUGCUAUCAAAAGUUGAUUAAAAAAAACGUUAUUAAACAAUUUUCUUAAUGUGCAUUCCAAAGGUUCAAUUAGCCACUUUAACUUGUUAAGCAAAUAUUUAGUGGUUUCUGUUUCCAGCUCUACAAAUGAAUAUGUUCAUGUUUUCUUAGUUUACUUACUAUGAUGCGUAGGCUAUAUAAUAUAUAAUAUAUAGAAUUGUGUUGGUCAGACAAAACAUGGCAUUUGAAGUGUCAUGUUUGAACACUGGGAUAUUACGGUAUUGAAUAAAUCAAUAAAUUAAUCAGCAAAGGAAUACUACAACAUGGUACGAAUUAUAUAGACUUGGUAAUAGUUUAUACAGACUAUUAUAAUAAUAACUGUCUAAUUGUUCCUCUCUUUCCUCGCCUCCUUUUCCUAUCCAGCUCAUAAGCACACACACAAAGCAAUCAUGUCAAACAGUCGCGCGCGCGCACACUGGGCUGUAGAAAGCGUUUCAUUGUCAUGCGGGUCCUUACUCUUCACAAUGAGCGACCAUCAUUCUCCGUCUGAUCACACACUGUAAACAUCUAACUGCGCAACCUACCCCUACCCUUUCCUGCCCAUACCCUUUGACCGUACACGUCUGAGUAGUUUUAGGCGGCGGGGGGCGGCGGAGACAAGGGAACAUGUGCGGACGCCUCCUGCUUUAAAGACCGUGUUGGUCGGCGCUGUGAGCACAUCUUUUUCAGUGGAAGCAAUGGGACAUAUUUUGUUGGACCAAUGGUGAGUCUCUUAAAUUUUAAUUCAACAAUUUGUUAUAUAUUAUUCAUGCUUUACUUAAUGAAAGAAUAUUGUGGUUGGAGCAUACUGAAUUUCUUUUUCCCUAAAUGAUACCUUUAUUCACACUUGGAAAAAUAGUAUUAUUAGUUUACUUUUUUUUUUUUACAAUUAAAAAUAAAACAAAAGUAAUCAUCCAGUUUAUAUUUUGAUGACAAACAAUGAAUGAUGAAUGUAGCUCCUUUUUUGUACAAGAAAACUCCACAGGAUAACUCUAAAUGGUAAUUAACUACAUUCAUAGCAAUUAGACUCAUUCACACACACAUCAGGGGCUCCUAGGGGUUCAGUGUCUUACCCAAGGAUGUUCUUACAUAUAAGAUAAGAUAAUAUGUUAUUAGUCCCGCAGUGGGGACAUUUACAGGAUUACAGCAGCAAACAAGGUAAAGUUCACACAAGAUAGAUAUAUGUCAAGUAAAAUAAGUGAUAAUAAUUAAUAAACAGUAGAAAACAGUAAUAAUAAUAAUGACAACGUUGGUUCUACCUCCAGCUGACUCUGUGUCACUAGGGAAAUUACGUUAAGUAACUAUCAUUAAAAGUUUUUAUUUUUUUAUUUUUUUACUUUAAAUCCGUAGUAAUAUUGGAAAUUGUAACACCCAGUGAUACCCCACUUUUACAUUUGACCACCAACUGUCACGAGGGAAAACUAUCACAUUUGAGAUUUAUAAAUCCUAUAUAGUUAUCACUAAGAAUAAAAUACAUAAAUGCCCAGUGUCAAUCAAUGUAUUGUCACAUAUACUUAUAUCCUAUUCACAGAUCAAUUAAACAUCUGGAUCCACCAAAUUACAAGGAAGUGGGCAAUACAGUAAACAUGAUGGAGGAGCAGUCUACAGGCUUCACCCUGGCCGACUACGCAGUCUUUUCUGUCAUGUUGUUGGUCUCUAUGGCCAUCGGACUCUUCCAGGCCCUGAAGAAGAGGCCAGAGGACGCCACCGCUGAUGACUUCUUCACCGGGGGUCGGAGCAUGCCAGCAGUGCCUGUCGGGCUGUCGCUGUGUGCCAGUUUUAUGUCAGCAGUCCAGGUUCUGGGUGUUCCCGCCGAGGCUUCUCGCUAUGGCUUUAAAUUCCUCUACAUGUGCCUCGGACAAAGCAUCAGUUCCCUGCUAACGGCUUACUUUUUCAUGCCAGUUUUCUUUCGACUGAACAUCACCAGCACCAAUCAGUAUCUGAAGAUGAGAUUUGGCAGAGGGAUGCAGCUGUUGGGGAGUAUCCAGUUUCUGGUGGCAACGCUGCUUUACACAGGGAUUGUCAUCUAUGCACCUGCCUUGAUCCUCAACCAAGCUACGGGACUGAAUAUGUGGGUGUCUCUGUUUUCUUACUGGAAUCAUUUGCACCUGUACACAACGCUUGGUGGCAUGAAAGCUGUGAUCUGGACUGAUGUGUUCCAGAUUAUAGUCAUGUUGGCUGGCUUCGUAGCCAUUUUCAUCCACGGGACAGUUCUGAUUGGCGGUCCUGCAGUGAUGCUGGAAAUUGCCAAAAAUGGAUCACGCAUUAAUUUCAAUGAUUUUAGUGUUGACCCGCGGCAGCGCUAUAGUUUCUGGAGCCUGUCUGUUGGAGGUGCAUCGGUUUGGCUGUCCAUGUACGGGGUAAACCAAGCACAAGUCCAGCGCUACAUCGCCUGCAGAACAGAAAGAGAUGCCCAGUGGGCGCUGCUCGUGAAUCAAGUGGGUCUGUGCCUCAUUGUGGGCAGUGCAGCAACCUGCGGCAUCGUCAUGUUUGCUUAUUACAUCAACUGUGAUCCACUGCAGUCUGGGAGAAUUUCUGCCCCAGAUCUGUACAUGCCGUACUUUGUGUUGGACAUAUUCAGAAAUCACCCUGGAUUUCCAGGUCUUUUCCUUUCCUGUGCAUACAGUGGGACACUGAGCACGGCCUCCACAAGUAUCAAUGCAAUGGCUGCAGUAACAAUGGAGGAUCUGCUGAAGCCUCGUCUGCUCCUCAUGACCCAGAAGAAAUUGAUACUCGUUUCGAAAGGACUGUCGUUCCUGUACGGAGUUAGUUGUAUCACAGUAGCUGCUCUCGCUUCCUUCCUGGACUGGGGAGUUCUCCAGGGUUCGUUCACCAUAAUGGGUGUGGUUAGUGGUCCAUUACUGGGUGUAUUCAUUUUGGGGAUGUUUGUCCCAGCAACAAACAGGCUGGGGGCGUUCAGUGGAAUCUUAGUGGGCUUCUGUGUCUCUCUGUGGCUGGCUAUCGGUUCAAGUCUUUACCCUCCCAGUGAGGAGACCAUGGGUGUGUUGCCCAGCUACGCAGGCGAGUGUGGACCCAGCAACAUCACCCUGAACAGCAGCCCUCCCCAGAACCAGCACUCCAUCUCCACUCUGCAUUACCCCGACGACCAGGGGGGCUUGCUUAACUUUUACGCCCUGUCCUACCUCUACUAUGGUGCCAUGGCAACUAGUUCGGUUGUUCUAGUUGGGCUGAUAGUGAGCUAUGCAACAGGACCAACAAAGAGGAUUCAUAUUAAAGAGGGUUUGUUAUGGUGGGAUCUGAACAAAAAGCAAGUAGAGGUCCCCUCAGCGCACAGAGGAGACGAGGUAACAGAUAAACCACAGCUUGUGCCUUUGAGGGAAAUGCAUAUAGAAGACACAAAGAAGAAGAACCAGCAGAUACUGAAUCACCACUCAGAGUUUAGGUGUUAAACAUGUUUUUUAAAAUUCCAAAUAACACUAAUGGGAGGUUUUCCUCUCCAGUGGCAGUCAGGAUUUUUAUCAAAACAUUUGUAAACACUCAAUUCAACUCUUAAUUCCUUAAGUGUCUCUUUUUAAGUAUGCUCCACGUUUGGAGCUAUGUUUGAUUAGACAAGAUUUUAAUAAAGAAUGUUAAUCCUGAACAUGUUAUUGGGUCUUUUAAUGGGUUGUACAGGUCUUUAUUGUUGUGCCAAGAAAGGUAAAGACUCUAAUCACAAACCCUCAGAUGUUAUUUGAAUUCCUGUAACGCGAAAAGCUCUUUCAUUCCAACAUGUUCCAUAUCUUUAGCAAUGUACACCUGCACUUCAACCAGUGUAAUUGGAUAUGGGACGGGUGACCUGGGGUAAACUGUGUGUGUGUGCUUGUUUCAUGUUUAAGUUCAUGUACAUUACCUUAAAUGGACAGUAAACGUAGUUUUUUUUUUACAUUAAAAACAAGAGAUCUGUUGUGCCUGUGAUACCUGAUAUGGCUUUCUGUGAACUGCAGGAAACAUUGUAACUCUAUUGUAUCAUUUCAUAAUAGGUCUUUAAAAAAGUCUAUAGUUCAUAGGUAAUUACUUCAGUUCCCACACGCCCGGCAUCAGUUGAGACCUGCAGUAGAUGGCAUCAUUACUGUCUUUUUUAUUGUCUAUUGCCACAGUUGCGGCUGGUUUCAACUAGUGUACACUACCAAGUACAACUACCAGUGGUAUUAGCAGUUUUCAACACCGUUAAUCUAUUUCAAGUAGGUUUUAUAAGAAUACAUUUCAUUAGUAUUGUUCUGUGGAGGCUUCCUAGACAACGCCAUUGGUAGACAGCUCAUCAAGAUAACUGCUUGUUUCAGUUUGUAAUCAGUCAGGAGGAUCCAGUUUAGUGAAUUUGUAAUCCGUGUCAAAUUAACACAUACACAAAUACAGUAUAUAUUGGGUGCAUCAAACUUGGAAUAGUGUUGCAAACAUAGAUGAAGGGUAACAAGUCGUAUUACUGUUAAUAUCUAGAUA